AUGGAUGCUACAAAGAUCCCCUGGCUCUCAAUCUCUUUGGCCCAGGGUACGAUCUUAGCCUUGGGAGCAGCGGUUCACGCCGAUAUCAAACUAGACGAUGCUAAGUUACAGCGACGCUUUUCUUCCCACUCUGCCGCUCUAGGUAUGAUGGCCGUCACCAUGAUUCUCGCCGAGUGGUACGUCUCCGUUCUUGUCACAGCAUUGUACGGGCCGUCUGUUAUUAUUCCUUGGAUGAUAGUAGCUCAGCUGUUUUUCAUGAUGCUUUUCUUCUACCUUCCAUUUGAGUACAUCGAUAUUCAAGCGAGGGAGAAUGAGAGGGAAGAGGUGAAGCACCUCAUAAUCCCUGACGACGAAGAGACCUUGGUGGGCGACGUCGACUAUGACUGCGGCCAAAGUAUGUACGCAGAGUCUCUAUCAUCCUUCGGGUAUGAAGGUGACGAUGUGUGGGUCUAUGGGACCAUGGAUCUCUCGCAGUUGUCUGGCCCUGGGAAUUCCAUGCCUAUUUAA